AUGACAGACGCCGUCAUUUCCCGACUGUCGUCAGUUCCUUGGGCUGCUGCCUUGAUCAAUGACCCCAAUUGGACUCCAGUCAACACUGCCUCCCGGACACCAAAGGCAUCCGGGGAAGAUUCCUUCUUUGCAGAAACUCUAAGUACAGGUCGCACGAUACGAAGCCUUCUGACGCUUCGACCGAUCAACGAAGAAGAUGGCGAUAUCGCAUACAAGGAGGUCAAGACUAUCGUGGAGCUAGGCGACGGACUCAACGGCUACCCACAGAUCAUACAUGGGGGUUGUGCUGCGACACUACUUGACGAGAUGUGCGGUAUCUUAAUCAUGCUGAAUAUGGAGAGGAAGGUGCAAAAAAUAACAGAGGACGGCCGCCGCGCAGCUGCCUUGAACUACUUUACCGCCUAUCUGAACACCACCUACAAGAAGCCAGUGCCGACACCCGGUGCGCUUCUUCUUACGGCCAAGAUCGAGCGACAAGAAGCGGGCGAUCGGAAACUAUACGUUCGUGCGACCAUCGAAGACGGCAACGGUACAAUAUACACGCUCGGCGAAGCCUUGUUCAUCAGGGUUUCAACCAAGCUAUGA